UCGGCCGCCAUGAGCCACCCGUCGGGCCUCCGGUCCAGCGUCAGUUCCACCUCCUACCGCCGCACCUUCGGGCCACCGCCCUCACUGUCCCCGGGGGCCUUCUCCUAUUCGUCCAGCUCCCGCUUCUCGAGCAGCCGCCUGCUGGGCUCGGCGUCCCCCGGCUCCUCCGUGCGCCUGGGCAGCUUCCGCGGUCCCCGGGCGGGCACGGGCGCCCUCCUGCGCCUGCCCUCGGAGCGCCUCGACUUCUCCAUGGCCGAGGCGCUCAACCAGGAGUUCCUGGCCACGCGCAGCAACGAGAAGCAGGAGCUGCAGGAGCUCAACGACCGCUUCGCCAACUUCAUCGAGAAGGUGCGCUUCCUGGAGCAGCAGAACGCGGCCCUGCGCGGGGAGCUGAACCAGGCCCGGGGCCAGGAGCCGGCGCGUGCCGACCAGCUGUGCCAGCAGGAGCUGCGAGAGCUGCGGAGAGAGCUGGAGCUGCUGGGCCGGGAGCGCGACCGGGUGCAGGUGGAGCGCGACGGGCUGGCGGAGGACCUGGCAGCGCUCAAGCAGAGGUUGGAGGAAGAGACUCGCAAGAGGGAGGAUGCGGAGCACAACCUCGUGCUUUUCCGUAAGGACGUGGACGACGCCACCCUGUCCCGCCUGGAGCUAGAGCGCAAGAUUGAAUCUCUGAUGGAUGAGAUUGAGUUCCUCAAGAAGCUGCACGAGGAGGAGCUGAGAGACCUGCAGCUGAGCGUGGAGAGCCAGCAAGUGCAGCACGUCGAGGUGGAGGCGACCGUGAAGCCCGAGCUGACAGCAGCGCUGAGGGACAUCCGAGCCCAGUACGAGAGCAUCGCGGCGAAGAACCUGCAGGAGGCAGAAGAGUGGUACAAGUCCAAGUACGCGGACCUGUCCGACGCAGCCAACCGGAACCACGAGGCCCUGCGCCAGGCCAAGCAGGAGAUGAAUGAGUCCCGACGCCAGAUCCAGAGCCUGACGUGCGAGGUGGACGGGCUUCGCGGCACGAACGAGGCGCUGCUCAGACAGCUGCGGGAGUUGGAGGAGCAGUUUGCCCUGGAGGCCGGCGGGUACCAGGCGGGCGCCGCGCGGCUUGAGGAGGAGCUACGGCAGCUCAAGGAGGAGAUGGCACGACACCUGCGAGAGUACCAGGAGCUUCUCAACGUCAAGAUGGCCCUGGACAUCGAGAUCGCCACCUACCGGAAGCUGCUGGAGGGCGAGGAGAGCCGGAUUUCCGUGCCAGUCCAUUCCUUUGCAUCCUUGAGUAUAAAGACGACUGUACCUGAGGUGGAGCCUCCCCAGGAAACCCACAGCCGGAAGAUGGUUCUGAUCAGGACCAUUGAGACUCGGGAUGGAGAGGUGGUGACGGAGUCUCAGAAGGAGCAGCACAGUGAGCUGGACAAGUCUCCUCAGAGCUACUGA